AUGCCUGGUAAUAAAAAGCUCAUUAUUGAUACAGACGGAGUUGCAGACGAUGUUCGAGCAAUUUCAUUGGCUUUACAAAGUCCUAACGUUCAGGCCAGUCCUGUGUUGGCGAUAACCACCGUGCGAGGAGUGAUCAACGUCGAUCAGGUGGUAACAAAUAUUUCCAGAACACUACGAGCUAAUAAAGCCAAGGUCAGAUGUCUGGUACCGAUAUACAAAGGAGCCUUUGAACCGCUGGUUGCAGUAACCGGCAGUGAGGUAGAUGAGUCCUUUUUUUUUGGCAAAGACGGUAUCGGUGAUAAACCUAAUGAUUUUCCGGCGGUUACUGCCGAUGAUCGUGAGAACUAUGACAAGACAAUGCCAGCAUCGUUAGCAUUAACAAAACUGCUAAAACAGCAUAAUGAUGUAACAUUAGUUUGCCUCGUUUUCUUAUGUGGUAGAGUUAUCAGCUACUGGGUUUACGUAGGAGUUACUCAUUCAAUUAAAUCGCUAAUACUUUUGACUUUUGAUCGCAGUUUGAGCAUUUGUCAAGAAGCUGUGUUUUUAGGUCCAUUAACCAAUAUUGCUUUGGCUUUAAAGCUGGAUAAAGAAUUUGCAAGUUUGCCAAAAGAGGUGUAUAUAAUGGGCGGAAAUUUAUACGGAAUUGGUAAUAUGCGAUCAGAACAUACGUCAGAGUUUAACUUUGGAAAUGACCCAGAAGCAGCUUAUAUUGUGCUGUCUAAAAUGCAAUGUCCAGUUACACUUAUUCCCUGGGAAGCUUUUUAUUUCGAGAGCGAAAAGCCUCACCAAGAAAUUGACUUCCAUGCUCAUCUCAGCUUGGGUACGCCGUUAGCGAAUUACUUUUCGACUGUAACCAGUCUUGGUCGAGCAGUUUUGCAAAAAAAUAAUCGACAAUUCGCCUUUUGCGAUGAGAUUGCAGUAGCAGCGGCCAUUGACGAUCAGACUGUCAUCAAAGAAAGCAAGCAAUUACGAGCAUCGGUAGAACUAGCGGGGUACCACACCAGGGGACAAGUAGCGUGUGACUGGACCGAACAGUUAUUUAACAAUGAAGAUUUGGAACAUAAGAUCGAUAGACGCCGGAAACCGAUUCGCUUCGUUGUCUCAUACAACGUUCGGAUUGUCAACAGGAUGAUCACUGAUGCAGUUCAAAAUCUUUCCUAA